CUCCGCCAGCUCCUGCGCAGGCGCGCUCCCGAAGCCCGGCCAGCCAUGGUGAACUUGGGCUUGUCCCGUGUGGAUGAUGCAGUGGCCGCCAAGCACCCGGGAAUCGGGGAGUACGCUGCGUGCCAGUCCAACGCCUUCAUGAAGGGCGUGCUCACCUUCGUGGCAGGCACCGGCGGGACCUUCGGCCUGCAGAUUCUCAUCCAGAGAAAGUUUCCCUACCCGAUGCAGUGGAGUAUCCUGGUGGCCGUGGUUGCAGGCUCUGUGGCCAGCUACAGGGUGACCAGAGUGGAGUCGCAGAAAUGCAGCAACCUCUGGCUCUUCCUGGAGACGGGGAAGCUCUCCAAAGACAUGGGCACAGGUCAGUCCCGAUAGGAGAGCUGCAGCCAGGGUGUGGAUCUGGGUGGAAAGAAUCCAGGAACACAGUCCUCAGGGCUCCCAACUCCAGACCCCCUCACACACCACGAGGCCUGACGAACCUGCUGUUGCUGUUGCUGCUGCUGCCGCCCACACCCAGGACCUGCCCAGGUCAGCUCAGAAGCUCCUGGCAGGGCGGGGCAGGGGAUUCUCCUGGGGUCAGCACCUGACUGUGUCCUGCUGCACAUACUGUGGAGGCAGCAGGCUGUGCGUGGUGGACACAACUGCGCACCCUCUCUGUGCUGUGGCCUCCCCCUUUCUGCUCCCCAGGACAUAGCUGGUGCUGGGGGUGUUGGGUAAUAAACAGCUUGCCUUUCUUCCCACUUGAGCUUCAAAGCAGUUGAGAAGCAAUCGAGGGGGUAAGAGGAGAUCAGGUGUCACCUUUAUGACCACCAGCUGACCAAAGGAGGUACAACGGCACUCCCAAAGGGGAAGCUCAGAGUUGGACAUCCCUGCUGGCCCUGAGGGCUGUGUGAGACCACAGGGGACUGGGUGGGAGGCUUUGAUGUCCCACUGGGCUGAGGGGCAGAACAGAGGGCUGAGGCAGGCAGAACCCAGCUCUGGCUCCAAAUUAUGGGUGCCACAUCCACCUGCUUCUCUCCCAGACCCUCUCUCCUGGGCAGAGCGACUGGCAGAGCUGGUCCAUCAGAGCUCUGUCCACAGGGCAGGCCCUGAGUGGGCCACACCCACAGCAUCUAGCCCCAAAGGAGGACCCAGAGGCUGUCCACACCCUGGCUUCCUGGGGCACUGAAGGGCCACCCUCAGCUCCAUGUUCAGCCCGGCCUUGCCCAGCAUUCCAAGGGACAUCCUCAGGGAAGGACAGUAGCGUAGGUCUAUGAUACUGGGCUUUAGCAUGCUAGAGUCCGGGUUUUGAUAGUCUGCUUUCUGUAGCCCACAUCACACGACAGACUGGGCGAGUUAUUGAGGAAAGGGCUUCAUUUUGCCUCGAGGUUCUGGUCCAGGUCAAGGGCCACAUCUGGUGAUGGCUGCUGCCUUUUUUUUUGAGACAGGGUCUCACUGUGUCGUUCAGGCUGGCCUCACAUAGUCACCCUGGCCUCAACAACACUGCAAUCCUCUUGCCUCAGCCUUCCUCAUGCUGAGAUUAUAGACAUGAGCCAGCAACCCAGAUCAUGAUGGCUGUCUUGCUGGCAGUCUGGAGGUGGCGAGGGCAUCACAUGUCCAGGGACAGCACACGUGUCUGUGUCUUCUGGCCUCUCCCUCUUCAUUUAAUAGUGGAUCCCUAUUGGUGGGGGCCCCUAUCUAAUCCUCACCACCUCCCAUUCCUAAACACUAUCAGAGUAAGUUUCCACUUUGAUACUCCCGGUGGGAAUUAGACCCCAGCACAGAGAACAGACCAUGAUCAAACCACAGCAGUCGGCCACGGGUGUCCUCUCAGACUGUUCUUCACUGUGAUGGGGCCCACCCCAAAUCCACCUCAUGGCUCCAAAUGGCUGCACCAGCUCCAACCAUUGUUUCUGCA